GUUGUCGAGUCCGAAGGAUGAGAUUUGAGCCCGAGGAAUUGGCGGCUGAUGCGAGCCCGGCCAUCGUCGCCACGGCUGCGGCGUGCGAUCAAGGCGCAGCAGAAUGGCGGCCGCUGUUUCGCCACCCGUGCUCAUUCGGCCCUGCCAUGUUCGGCGAUGUCAUGAUCAACCUGAUCCACAAUCCCAACAUCAACUCCUCGUGGCUCUUCCGCGCCGAUAUCCUUCGUGACUCGGCCGAACCGCCGCAGGCGUGCACCCCGCCAUCCGAAGCCGAGACCACACCCGGCCUCCCCGGCCCCGAGUUUGUCGGCUUCCAGCUGCAGCGGUGCAUUAUACGAAGGCUUAUUCCCAGGAACACGCUCAGGGACCGACCACUCGAUCAGACAUGCCUCAUGUACAAAAGUACACCGAGUUUAGAGGAUGAUGAUGUCGCCCAUGCGGAGAGAAGCCUUGUGGUCUACCUCCCCCAUGUGUUGACGGCAUCCGAGAUGCCUUUUUACCACCCCACUGUGCGGGGGAUAGCCUUCCUGCACGAAUGGAAUGCUGCGGAGUCCUGCGGCUCUAUAUCCAUCUCGUACCUCUUCUUUAACGACGAAGACCGUUCUGUUGUCAAGCUGACGCGAACGGCUCUCCGUCUGCUCGAAGUCAUUCACAAGCACGGCAAGGGCCGGCUGGAGGGCUACCAGAAGAGGGUGCAGCACGACCAGGUGCUGCCGCGGGCCCGUGUGCAGAACACGUACACUCGGCUCAAGCAGAACUACGCUCGAGGAUUGAUCACGAGCUGGGCCGAGACCACGGACCCAGAAAAGCACGUCUUCGAGGAUCUCUGCAUUGCAGCCUUCCUGAUCGAGCUAUGGACUGACAUGUACGGCCAAGGCCCCUUCCCCGGCUUUGUUGACAUUGGGUGUGGCAACGGCCUCCUCGUCUACAUUCUUAACCAGGAAGGUUUUGAGGGAUGGGGUUUUGAUGCUCGCUCGCGCAGGUCGUGGGCUACGUACCGCACCAAGUUGCAGACACCCGCAGGGGAAGCGGACAGUUUGCGGGAGCUCGUCUUGCUACCGCCACCUGUCAGUACUGGUAGACAAGGGCUUGCCGAUUUGUCGAGUGAUGCCUUGGAUGAGAGUCGCAUCUGUGACGGUCGCUUUCCCAAGGGCACCUUCAUCAUCUCAAACCACGCGGACGAACUUACGCCGUGGACCCCCAUCAUCGCGGCCAUCUCGGAGUGCCCUUUCAUUGCGAUUCCCUGCUGCAGCCACAACCUUACUGGAGAAAGGUACCGUGCGCCAGUACCCAAGGAUAAGUCCAAGGCGCAUUCGGCGUACUCGUCACUGGUUGCCUGGGUAUCCGACAUUGCGAAAGACUGCGGCUGGGUGGUCGAGCAGGAGAUGCUUCGGAUCCCGAGCACCCGCAACACGGCUCUUAUCGGCCGAAAACGCUACGAGACAAAGUCAUACUUGGACAUCCAGGCCGUUGUCGACAAAUACGGUGGCGCUGCUGGUUACUGGGACAACGUGCAGAAGCUGGUGCAGUCUACAGCAACCGGCAGCGAACAUUGAGAGGAGGAACAUCAAAAACGCUGAUUGGAAUUCCCAAGGCUUUCUCAAUCCAAAUCAGGCACCGGGAGGUGAUCAACCAACUUGAGGUUCAAUCCCAGCUUUUGCAACGCUUCGGUAGCCAGCUGGUCUCUGAGCUGCUCCGUCUCCUCCUGGGUCGUCAGCACGAAGUCGUGCUUCAGCAGCCAUAUCCCCUCCUCU